UCUCCGACCGGGAAGCCUCACCUUCUCUCAGCCUCCCCUGCAGCCCAGGGAUGCCUGGAGCCGAUUGGGAACCCGGGGCCGCAGGUUCCUCGAGAGCCUGGAACCCCUUGGGUCGUGGACGUCCGACCCACGGUACCAUAAGCAAUUCUUCCUAAGGAGAUGUCGAUUCCAUUCUCCAACACCCACUACCGAAUUCCGCAAGGAUUUGGGAAUCUUCUUGAAGGGCUGACCCGAGAGAUUCUGAGGGAGCAACCUGAAAAUAUACCAGCUUUUGCAGCAGCAUAUUUUGAGAACCUUCUAGAGAAAAGAGAGAAAACCAACUUUGAUCCAGCAGAAUGGGGGGCUAAGUUAGACGACCGCUUCUAUAACAACCAUGCAUUCAAGGACCAAGAACCACCUGUGAAAUGCGAACUUGUCCAGGCAAUGUCCUCAACAACCAUGAAAAAGGAAGGAGCAUCAGCUUCCACCUUAGAGUCUGAGGAAGAAAAAGAAAAAGAAGAGACUGCUGCUCUCAAAAUCCAGUCAGCUUUCCGGGGACACAUGGCCAGAGAAGAGGUAAAGAAAAUGAAAGAUAAACAGAACGGAGAGGAAACCAAGUGAGGACUCUGGUUUUACCCCCAGAAAACAUGAAAAAAAAAAAAACAAUCCAAAUUCAUCCACCUUGUUGUGAUUGUCGUGUUUUUUUUCUAUAGUCAGGGAGAUUUGAUGUUGUAAAACAAAACAUUUAUUGCUGUUAUGAAAAAUCUGUCAUUAGCAUUAUUAAACAAUAAACAUUCUAUUGAAACAUA